UCAUAUGCAGUCUCUAAGAAUGUAUUUUAAAUAUCAAAUAUGAGGACAUUUGGAAUUUAGAUUUAAAACAUAUGUAAAUGGUUGUAUAUGUUGCAUAAUGUUUCUCUGUUAAUGUGUUACGUUUUGUGCUUGGGGCAUCUCAUUUUCCUGAUUAUAAUGUAAAACUCUGGGCUUAUAAGUAAGAGUGCAUAUAAUUAGAUAAACUGAAUUGAGUUGAUUAAAAAUGUCUUGAAAUACCUCGCAUACCGUUUUUGAUAUAUCUGGAAGGCAUAUUAACAUCUCAAAGACAUUUAAAGAUAUGUUAAAAUCAUUGUGCAUUUCAAGAUACAAAAAUAAAUAUAAAUAAUUCUGUGUACGACAUCUUAAAAUGACAGGAAGUCUACUGGAAACACGAGAAACUUCACAGGAAGUUCUUUAAAGCUGUCCUGAAAUGUGUUUCAGACACCUCCAAAUUACUCGGAUGGGCAUUUCAAGACAUUUUAAAAUCUCUCUCUGCGAUAUUUUAAAAUGCUAUCCUGUAUUACAAUCAGUGCAAUUGAUGGGACGUGUAUAUUUUUAAGAUUAAAUAACUGCAUUUAAAGAUAUCCUAAAAUGAGUACUUGAGAUAUUAUUAAAGGUUAAACGGGCUUUCUUUCUACAGUCCACUCUUUCUUUAUUCGGCGCUUCCCCAAGUAGUCUUUCAUUUCGUCUGAAGUUGCUGUCCGUGGUGCUGAUCGGAGGAUUUAACUCCACAUAUGGAGCGGACCUACUAAAAAAAAAUUAUGAUGGCGUCUAAAUCUGUCGGUUCAGGUACAAGAUAACUGCGUCUUUUGAACAUUAUGAUUAAUACAAGAAUACGCAAAUGCACGCAUUAUUUAGGGGACUUGGUCCAAGUUUUCUUUCUUGUAAUGGCGAUUCGCACGUAUAAAUUCAUUUAAGGACGCUAAAGGUGUCUCGAUUGUCAUUUCUAGUCAGAAAAGAAACGCCGAUUAAGAGACAAAAAAAAAAAGCCAAGGUCACUGCCUAGACAUCCUCUUAGUAAGAUCCCCUCAGAGUAACAGGGGGCAAGGCAAAGGCCGCUGGAGAAAUAUUGUUGAAUCCCUCCGAGAAGAAUGUUAAAUAAAUAAUUCAUCUGCCAAAAGGGCUGCAGUUAAAAUGCUGAUGUCAGGAGUUCAGUGCAGCAUUUCAUGGUGCAGCGAGUAAAGGAUUGUUUUGCGCCAGGCGGUUUCGUUUGCACAGACGUGGACGCGCUGCCAAGCACAAUGCUGCCGGCUGCCAGGCUGCUUCUAUUCCUUUUUUUGCUCUACGUAGACCAUCUGCCUGGAGUUUACCUGAAGAAAAAUUUCCGAUGUCCUUCCUCGUGCUCCUGCUCCAAAGAGUCUAUCAUUUGCGUCGGAUCUUCCAGCGUCCCGCGGAUCGUCCCAAAUGACAUCAAUUCUCUGAGUAUUGUGAACGGGACCUUUUCGGAAAUCAAAGAGGGCAUGUUUUCUCACAUGCCAUCUCUCCAGCUGCUACUUCUGAAUUCCAAUUCAUUUACAGCUAUAAAGGAUGAUGCAUUUUCUGGUCUUCCACAUCUUGAAUAUCUCUUUAUAGAAAGCAAUAAAAUCGAGACAACAGGAAAAUAUGCCUUCCGAGGUCUCCGUGAUCUGACACAUCUGUCACUGGCUAACAAUCAUAUCCAAAGUUUACCCAGAGAGAUUUUCAACGAUUUGGAUUCCUUAAUAGAACUAGAUUUACGCGGCAACGCAUUUGAAUGUGACUGCAAAGCCAAGUGGCUUUUAUCGUGGCUAAAGAACACUAAUGCGACUGUAUCUGACAUGUACUGCUCUGGGCCAGAGGACAUGAAAGGAAAGAAGCUUAAUGAUCUACCAUCUUUGAAUCACGAAUGUACAUCUACAGACUUUGUCCUUCAUCAGACUCUGUUAUCGCAGUCAUUAUCUGUUGACACCUUUAACUACAAAAAUGAUGUCUACGUAGCUAUUGCGCAACCCAACACAGAAAAUUGCAUGGUGCUUGAAUGGGAUCAUAUUGAAAUGAAUUUUAGGAGCUAUGAUAAUAUUACAGGCCAGUCAAUCGUUGGAUGUAAAGCUAUAUUAAUUGAAGAUCAGAUCUUCAUUGUAGUGGCUCAGUUAUUUGGGGGCUCACACAUCUACAAAUAUGAUGAAAGCCACACCAAGUUUGCAAAGUUUCAAGAUAUUGAAGUUUCCAAAAUUUCCAAACCUAAUGAUAUUGAGGCAUUCCAGAUUGACAAAGAAUGGUUCUUUGUAAUAGCAGACAGUUCAAAAGCUGGUUUGACGACCCUUUAUAAAUGGAAUAGCAAAGGAUUUUAUUCAUAUCAGCCAUUGCAUGAGUGGUUCAGGGACACAGAUGCUGAAUUUGUGGAUCUUGAUGGAAAACCUCAUCUUAUCCUGGCAAGUCGUUCCCAAGUGCCAGUUAUCUUUCAGUGGAACAGGGGCUCGAAGAAGUUUAUUCAGCAGAGUGAAAUCCAAAAUAUGGAGGAUGUUGUGGCUGUGAAGACCUACCGGAUCAAAAAUGACCUUUACCUCUCCCUAACCAGGUUUAUUGGUGAUUCCAAAAUACUGAAAUGGAGCAACAAACAGUUUUCAGAAAUCCAAGCUCUGCCUUCUCGUGGAUCAAUGAUCAUGCAACCAUUUUCUUUCAAAGAUCGUUGCUACCUUGCCCUGGGAAGUGAUUAUACAUUUUCACAGAUUUACAUUUGGGAGGAGGAGAAAAAAAAUUUUGUUAAAUUUAAAGAAAUUUAUAUCCAAGCUCCUCGUUCUUUUACAGCUGUGUCUACCGACAGAAGGGACUUUAUAUUUAUCUCAAGUUUUAAGGGAAACACUCAGAUAUUUGAACAUACUCUUGUUGAUUUAAGCUUGUGAAUUAGAGACUUGAGCUACUAUAGGUAAUAGUUAGGUAAGCAAGUAAGUCUUCCAUGGCUCAAUUUAAAUAAUGCUUGCGACAAUUAACAACUUAAAGAGUGUAGGUAACUUUCUUCAGCUUGUGCCUGUUCUUGUGUAGUUUUUUUAAGAGAUCUUGCACUUGCCUGGACAAGGAAAUGGUAAAAGAUUUCAUAUGACAUUAUCAGGUAUAUUGCAUUGAAUAUCUGAAGCUAUUUUACAAUGUGAGACCUUGCCUCUGAUAAAUUUACUGUAGUACAGUACUAUAUAUUGCUGCACAAGGUGUACUGGUAGCAAACAAAGUUUUUGUAGAUGAAUACAUACAAUAUGCAUUUUUAUUACUAUGGAAAUUAUAUGAUUAUAUAAUAUGAAAAAUGAGUGAGUGAUUAACAGAGGCACAUUACAGAACAAUGCAGCAGUUUAUAUUAACUUUUAGUUGUUGCAUAAUGAAUGGUGUGUUGAAUAAAGGUAUGCUUUUUUUGCCAUCCAUCAAUUUUCUGAACAUACUGAUACAGUACAAUGUAAAGGGAAACCCAAACCUGUCACGGCAACAUCAGGCGUAAAGCAAAAAGAACAAAAUCAUAGCUAGUUCACACUCACCUUAGUCCAAAGCCAUUAGUUAGCCUAGAAAGCCCAUCUUCAAGUUACAAUAAGAAACUGGAGGCACCUGGACAAAAACACACAGAUAAAGCAGAAUGUACUAAUUUCACAGAGAUAGCAUCUGAAACAAUAAGGCAGCAGCAGUAAUUAUGGUACAGAUGUCUUUUUUAUUUAUUUUAAAAAUUACUAUUUUAGUGUAUGGCACGGUGGUGCACGGUGGUGCAGGGGUAGCACUACUGUCUCUCGCUGUGAAGUAGGCCAGGGUUUGUGUCCCAGGUCCCCCUAGCAUGAAGUUUACAUAUUCUCCCCAUGUCAACGUGGGUUUCUUCCAUUCUCCAAAGACAUGCAGGUUAGGUGGACUGGCGACAGCCCUAGCAUGUGUUGGUGUGUGGGCAAGCUCGCCCUGCGAUGCAUUGGCACACCGUCCAGGGUUUGUUCUUGUCAUAUGCUCUGUGUUAACUGGGGUAGGCCUCAGAACCCUCCACGACCCUAGUCUAGAUUAACAAGGUUAGAAAAUGACAUGAUAUGACGUUUUUGGGUGGCUAAAGAUGUUAAACUUCAGAUCAUAUUAAGAUAGAAAAGCUCUCGCUUUGAACACCACACUGUCCUGAAAUGAUAGGUUAUGUCAAUAGCUCAUUUACAUCAAGCCAAAUAAGACAUUUUAGCUUCUGAUGAGCAGAGUUUACUUUAAGUUCAUUUUGGAAAUGGAAAUUUUUAAGUUUCUUGUAAUAUAGAUUACUUUGUCACGAUUCUAAGGUGGGUUGCAGCUGACACCUACACACACGCAGUAUUUCAGAUCUAAAAAUUUGGGACGCCUCAAGCAGUAUUUCACUUCUCAUUGUCUUCAUUGAAAUGCUUGUAAGCUGGAGACUUCAAAAAAGAUGAAAAUGCAGUUUCCCAAUGGACCCUAAAAUAUGAUCUUAGGGCACAAAAGUCACUAUUUACAAAUUUCCAUAAGAGGUUAUUUUGUUUAAAUAACACCACUAUACAGUAAUUGUUUGCUGCUAUAAAAAGUAUGAGCAUAGGUUACUUAUGUUUUUUUGGUUAAAAUUGUAUGGCAGCAAUAAUUAGGUGAGCUGAUUGUCAGGGUAAGAAAAGCAAUUAAAAUAAAUAUGGUAGAUAUUCUUUUUCUCUGUUACAUCUAUCCAUUUAGAGAACAUUUUCCAAAAACUACACUUGCAAUAAGUCGCCUCAUGAUUGUAUAGUAAAAUUAGCCAAGUCUCCCCAAAUUCAAAUUCUGUGACGAGUGAUCUACCACCCUCUAUUUAGUGUAAUAUUUAUAAAGCAAUUUGAGAUUUAUCCUGUAAACAAAGCUGUUGAUACUCCACAGAGAGAUUUCAACUCUAUGAUAACGAAAAUAUUAUAAAUAUUUCCCAUGAGACCACCAUAUCUCACGCAACCUGUGAGGCUACCAAAUUGAGAUGAAUGACAAGUAAAGGAACAUUUCGGAAAGGGGGAGACAGACACACACUAGAGAUAUAGGCACCGCAGUGCUAGUUUGAAAUAUUGAAAUGAAUAACUGAUGGCGCACAAGGAUGUGAUGAAAUCUGGGGAGAACAGUGAGUCAGUAGGGUUUGGGUAUAAAGUGGCGUGGCAGUGCUGUAUGCUAAAUUCAGUUUGAGUGACCAUGGAUGACAGCUUAGUGCCUCAUCGUGUGUUAACCAUUAUGGCAUGCAUUAAAUCCAAAUUUAUAACAAAGGUGCAAAGAAGAUUUCCUAUUAAGUUUAAUGUGCCUCAGCCAGUGUGAAUUUCUUCUCUUAACGCUAUUUUCAAUAGAUUUCAAUUUACAGAUUGUUUGAAGGAAGGAGGUACUUGGUUAACAAUUGACAACUGUAAGAAUACCAUAAAAUAUCAAACGGGUGAGCCAGUGUUCAGCACAAUAUGCCACUUUAAAUAUUUCAUACUGGACUCUUCACAGAAUUCUUCAUUAAGAUUUAUCCUACCACCAUUACUAAAAUACUGUAAUGAACUGAGGUAUGUGAGAGAUGGAGGGAUGGAUUCAGCCACCUUACGCCAGACCGCUGGUGUGGCCCUAGAAGGGACAUUUAGCUUCUUCAGUGACCUCCUGCGCCACACUACCCAGGUCUUGUGUGGCACCAUGUGCCCUCAGCUGCCUUGUCCCUUUGGCCCAUGAUGGCCAGCCCCACCUCACUCCGUUCACCUGUGAUCAGAGGCAACUCGACUGCAACACUAUCCCUAGUUUCUAAGCCAGUUGCCAUGCUCACAGGUUAAUAGGAGUCAGCAGAAGGGAAAUGUGGAAUAAUGUGCUUCCUCACAGUGCCAUGUCUGCACCCCCUCUUACAUUAUUCAGGGUACUGCUUAUAUAACCAGCAUCUUGGGGUAUCUCUUCUGAUAGUCCACAGCUUCCUGAAAAGCAUGGCCCUCUCAGGUCUGGACCCAAGGUGUUACAAUACAAAUAAAGUGUACAUUUCUAGAAAUGAUCUAGCUGUGCGACUCAAGUUUUUUACUCAGAGUACUACAGUGUUAAAUUAGAAUAUGCUGUACAAUCUGUAAACUCAUUUAGCGAUUUUACAGGAAACCGUGCAGUUAACAUCAUGAAAAAAAAGUACAUGACACAAUAAUAUGUGCCAGGUUAACUAGAAGUUCUUAUGUUAACAGAUUAAAAAUGUCCCCAACCUAAAAAAAGGUGGUUUUAUAGGUGAAAUCUCCAGCAUACAGAAACAAAUGUUUAGAAACACAUUUGUGAGCCUUACUGUUAAACCACAGCACCCUUCAAAGGUUAAAUCUUUAGAAAGGGCCUUUAACUAUAUGUGCAUUCAUAUAACUAUAAAAAAUAUUUCCCUCAAAAGAGGCCAACGAAGCAUGGAACAGAAAAACUCAGGUACAAUCAAAUGAAAGUCACUAAAAGAGAGCACUCUAAUGGAGGGCCGUGAGUCAGAAGGAGUUAAUGUGACCUUAUGUUGGCAAGAACUAAUACAUUUUUAAAAAAUGUUUAUAUUUAUGGUGGCACAGAGGUGCAGUGGUAGCACUGCUGCCU